AUGAGCCCCGGCUUCGGUGGAUUCCCUGGCGGAAGCCCGAGUGCGACUCCCUCGGGAUAUCCCGCUGAGAAGACGGGUCAUCCAGGCAUGAGCCACCAAUCGCAGAUGAGCCAGCAGAGCAUACCCCAGCAACCGCAGUACGUAGGCGCGGGAGCACACACAGCGCCCGCAAGUGCCUCAGCAGACGACGUGGGAACUUUCAAUGGAGGAAGUUACCGCGUGAGCCACAGGGACACGAACUCCAUUCUCACAGUGCAGUUAGCCAUCGGAUGUCCUUUUACUGCUAAACCUGGCGCAAUGAUAGCAAUGUCCCACACCAUGACGCUAAAAGGCAACCUGAAGUUCUCCCUAAAGAAAGCCCUCAUGGGCGGCGACAUGUCCAAAUCCACAUACACGGGUCCCGGUGAACUUCUUCUUGCCCCUCCUUCUAUCGGCGACAUCACAAUCAUCAAGCUCGGUGGAAAAGAGACAUGGUCGGUGGGCCGCGACGCGUUCCUGGCUUGUACACAGGGCAUCGUGACGGAGUAUAAGAGUCAGGGAAUCGGCAAAGCCAUGUUCAGCGGUGAGGGACUGUUCGUGUACAAGAUUAGUGGGACGGGUGUACUUUGGGUGACGAGUUUUGGCGCGAUUAUUAGGAAGGAUCUCGCUGCUAAUGAGAAAUACAUCAUCGAUAACGGCCAUCUCGUUGCAUGGAACUGCAAAUACGUCCUCGAACGUGUUGCCAGCGGGGGUAUCAUCAGUAAUAUGACGGCGGGUGAGGGCCUUGUAUGCAAAUUCACGGGACCGGGCACUGUGUUCAUGCAGACGAGGAAUGCAGCGGCGUUUGGGCAGUGGUUGGCCGCGAAUGCUGCUGCGCCGUAG